AUGACAAUAAUUCAAAAGAUGAAAUGUAUCGUUUUACUACUGACCGUGCUUGUUAAUGUGGUAGAUAUAAGUGAAGCUGAAAGUCACUCUUCAGUUUAUGUUAAACACAAACCUCACUUUAAUUUACAAGAGAUACAAAACACAGCGCAACUGAGAUCACCCCGUCAAUGGAUGGCGACAAAUUAUGACCAAACGAACCCCUCACACCAGCAUCAUGGACAUUAUUACAACAAUCCACAAGAAGCUCUUUUGACAGAGAUUGUCAGUUUAUUACAAGAUAUUAAGUUAAGUUUGGCAUCGCAAAAACAACAUUCACCCUGUCAACCCAUCUACGUUCCUUAUCCUUAUCCCGUGCCGUACUCAGUCCCGCAAUAUAUUCAUUCCUAUGAUGAUAGUACUUUCAGAAAAAUCGACGCUACAAAAAACUCUUCAAUAGUUGUACACAAUGAUAGCAGAGUCGAUGAUAACGACGGCAAUGAUUUUACUAAGUCAAAUUUAUCACAUUCUGGUACGGAAGUUCUUUCUUCAUCGAAUAAAAGCAACCAUAGCGAAGAUGAAAAUAUUAUUCAUUUUCCUGAACCUCCUGCGGUACUAACUAAAGAUGAAGUUAGUCAGCCAUCGAAAUGUGAAUCUGCCACAUUCGCUUGCUGCAAAUAUUCACAAUCCAUGGAUCAAGAGAAGUGCUUUUUAAUGCACAACUGUAGCCAAACCAAUGCUACGAAGCUUGCUUGUAAAAAAGAGGUGCUAGACACAAUUGUACAGAAAUUGAUAGAAACAUAUGCACCUAUAGAGGAGACAUAA